GGUUCUUUAUUGUUUUUCCUCUGUGCAUAUCAUACACCGUUCAGUCUUUCCCGGCAGUUGACAUGGUUCUGCGCGAUGGAAAGUUGCUGUACUUGAGCACUAAGAAAUUGAAUUGGCCAAGUGCAGUUGACGCAUGUGCGUCACUCGGCAUGGAACUUGUGUCAAUAGCAUCCUUUGCAGAACAGCGAGUUGUGGCGAAAUUGAGCGAUCAGGUUGGAGGAAAUGUCUGGAUUGGCGGAUACAAUUACCAAAAGGAUCGACAGUGGCGCUGGGUGGGAAAUGGGGAAGUGCUAAAGUACAAAUUUUGGCUUGAUAAGCAGCCAGACAAUUAUAAGAAUAAGCAGAAUUGUAUCAGAAUUUCGCCAAUUCGCGGUAGAAUGUGGGACGAUCUCGAGUGUACUGCAGCAUUGCCAUACAUCUGUGAAUACAAGGAGAGGAAAUAAAAGAAAUAAUGAUUUCCAAAAAAUAUAUGCGAUGUUUUACGAGCAGCUUAGUGCUACGAUUGAUUUU